AUGCCAAUUCAGUGGCCUCCAUCCCUGGAUAAUGAAUAUGGGAUUGCCACCCUGUCUCUCGGUAACUGGAGAAGCCACCGGCUUGAACACCGUCUUGCAGCAGCCGCGAAAGCUGGUUAUCAAUGGAUCGACCUCUUUGAUGAGUGUUGGGCGGCAUAUCUGGAGGAACAUGGCCUUUCUGGGGAUAGAUUAUGGGAAGAAACUCCCGAAAACCUGCGGGUGGCUCGUACGUUAGGGAAUCUGGUCAAGUCCAUGGGCAUGCGCAUUGCCUGUACUCAACCCCUGCGCAAGAUUGAAGGAAUUAAAGACCCGGCUGAGCGCCAAAAUGCUCUCAAUCUCGUUGCGAAGCGGUUCCCGUUUAUGCGAGCCUUCGACACCGACCUUGUUUUUAUGUGUGCGAGUAUUCGCACCGAUAAGGGAGUGACGUCAGAUCUCAAGACCGUUGCAAAAGAUUUGGCUGAGCUUGGAGAUAUGGCAGCAGCCUAUGCCAAGGCAGACGGUGGGAAUAUGCUAAAGAUUGGCUAUGAAGGUCUAUCCUGGGCUACACGGAAUACAUGGUCAGCCUCAUGGGAAGUGGUGCGCUUUGCCAACCGCCCUAAUGUCGGCUUGAUUAUCGAUGCUUUCAAUAUCCUGGCGGUUGAGUUUGCGGACCCCUUUAAUCAUGCUGGGCAUGGUCGAAUCUACUCAACUCUCAACGAAUCAAUCAGCAUUCUCGCUGGAUCCCUGGCGUCCUUAGCGACAACAGUACCAGGUGAUCGAAUCUUCUUUUUCCAAUGUGGCGACGCGGAGCUGAUGAAUCCAACAACCUUUCAUCCACCGACUGACCCGGAGACACCUUUGCUUCUGCCAUGGUCUAGGGGGCACCGUCUCUACCCUCUUGAACAAGCAUACGGAGGUUAUAUGCCGGUCGAGUUAGUAGCUGCUGCAGUUCUUGCAACCGGCUACAAGGGACCAAUCUCUCUUGAGGUUUUCAAUAAGUCUUUAGAUCAACCAGGUGAUUAUGUACCUGCAGAUCAUGCUGCCCGCGGAAUUGACGGCAUCCAGAAAUUAAUUCAAGCCGCAAGGGCAUUGGCUGCUUUCUGGGGUGACCAGAAGGAUACUCAGAAAGCCAUCAAGCAGGUCGUCCAACGGUUACAGACCUCCUCUUCCCGAUUAUAA